CAAAUUUGGAUUUUAUUAUUUCAACAUAAAUACCUAUAAAAUGUACAACUCUAACAGAACCACUUUUUCUGACCAUAAUCUUGAAAGAGCUUCUGUUAAUAAUAGAAACCAUUAUAACACUACAAAAAAACCCAAACCUUCAAGAUCAAGAUAUUCAAAGAUUGAUAAUCGGCCACCAAGUUGUAAUGAACAAAUAUCUGAAUUCUCUCCGCACCAAUGGAAUCACUCCAAUGUCUCCAAUCAACGGUUGUAUCCUACAAUGUCAGACUCCGCUGUAUGUGGUUAUCCUGUUCCAGUUAAUAUACCUGUCGACCCACGCUUUCAUACUUUGUAUCCCAUAUAUCAACCGUAUGUGCCAGUCGGUAUUGGCAGAGAAUAUCUAGAACCCAGUCAACAUAUGUCAUCCAGAGAUCAAUUUACUAGUUUACCCCCCAUUAAUAUUGCGGAUAACGAAUCUGAAAUUAAACGUACACAUAGUGACCCAGGUUUAAAUAACCAAGAUGAUAAAUUUGAACUACUUAGCAGUGAAUCAGACCAAGGAUCGUAUGAUACUUAUUAUGCUAAUGAAGUGGCCGAAUUAAAAAAAGAUAAUCAGAGACUAGCUAAUGAAUUAGAAUUAGUGAAAAUUGAAUUAAGAAAUUUGAAAUUGGAUAUAUCAAGUAAAAAUAAUGACAAAUGUGGUUGUACCGAUCCGGGAUCUAUUACAAAUAUUGUUCAAGAAAUAAGAGCAGCACAUAAAUUAAUGGAACAAACAUUAGAGUCAAAGUUAAAUUCAUUUAAUACUAAUAAAAACGAAAAUACUAAUGAUAGUUCUCAAUUGUCAUUAAUAAACGAGCGCCUAGAAAAAUUAGAAAAAUCCAGUGACAAAUCAAAAAGAGUGGACUUGGAGAAAAGAUUACCUAAAAAUAAUAACUCAUCAAAAAAAAGCUCUGCUGUCACAGCUUUGUGAAUUUAUAAAUAAGUAAAAAAAAGCGCACAAUUAUAAAUCAAACAUAAUAACGAAUAAUGCCAUAAAUAAUUUGACUCAAUAUUAUAUUAAUUAAAAUGUCAUGAGCAAUACUUAUAUAUUAAGAUAUUUAAUUAUAAAUAAUGUAAAUGAUGUAUUAGUUAAUGGUGUUUUUAAGUUACUAAAGAGUAAUGACUAUUUUGUAGCAUAAUAUGUUUACAUUUAUUUUAUAUGCCUUACUUUUUCUGAGGUCGAAUUUAUUAAGAGGUACAUAGAUUUAAUAAUAUUACCAAUAGAAUACAUUUAAAGAUUCUUUUCAACAAUUUUUAUCUAUUAAACAUAUAUUUUUUUAUAAAAAAAUAGUGUUAUAUUCCAUAAAAAUAUUCCAUUUAACUUUUACGUUUUGAUAACAAUAAAAUUCUUUGCAUAUACAUUCCUUCCAUAAUAAAUAAUAUGUUUUAUUAAUACUUAAAUUAUAUAAAAUUAAUACCUAAGUAUUUAACUAACUGAUUGUAUAUUCUAAGUACAUUUAAUAUAUUGGAAAAAUUAAUUUAGUGUGUUUUAAUAUUUAGUCGUUUAUAAAUUUACAAAUUGUAUUUUUUUUUUUAUUGUUCUUAAAUUAUUCUGUUUACUGUUUGGACUGCUCAACUUAAUAUAA